GUGGCCGGCUGCGCUGAGAUCGGCGGUGCGCUGCGCUCGGCACGCCGGCUCAGUGCUCGAGGGGCGGCUGAACGCCGGGAGGACCCAGGCAGCCUCAGGUGACCCGGAUCCGAGCUCCUUCCAGUUUCACUUGUUAGUGGUGAAGUAACAGAUUCAAGGAUGAGUGAACUGGAACAGUUGAGGCAGGAAGCAGAACAGCUACGGAAUCAGAUCCAGGAUGCUAGGAAAGCAUGUAAUGAUGCAACACUUAUUCAGAUCACAUCCAACAUGGACUCCGUGGGCCGAGUACAAAUGCGAACAAGACGUACACUGAGGGGCCACCUCGCUAAGAUCUAUGCAAUGCACUGGGGAUAUGACUCAAGGCUACUGGUCAGUGCUUCCCAAGAUGGAAAAUUAAUUAUUUGGGAUAGCUAUACAACAAAUAAGAUGCACGCCAUUCCUUUGAGGUCCUCCUGGGUGAUGACAUGUGCCUACGCUCCCUCUGGUAAUUAUGUGGCUUGUGGAGGCUUGGACAACAUCUGCUCUAUAUAUAACUUGAAAACCAGAGAGGGAAACGUGAGAGUGAGCCGAGAAUUGCCGGGCCACACAGGCUACUUGUCCUGCUGUCGUUUUUUAGAUGACAGCCAAAUUGUUACAAGUUCAGGAGAUACAACUUGUGCAUUGUGGGACAUCGAAACUGCUCAGCAGACCACCACAUUCACUGGGCACUCUGGAGACGUGAUGAGCCUUUCCCUGAGUCCUGACAUGAGGACUUUUGUGUCUGGUGCUUGCGAUGCCUCUUCCAAAUUAUGGGAUAUUCGAGAUGGGAUGUGUAGGCAGUCUUUCACAGGACACGUUUCAGAUAUUAAUGCUGUCAGCUUUUUCCCAAAUGGAUAUGCCUUUGCCACCGGCUCUGAUGAUGCCACCUGUCGGCUGUUUGACCUCCGUGCAGAUCAAGAGUUGUUAUUGUAUUCUCAUGACAAUAUCAUCUGUGGAAUCACUUCUGUGGCUUUCUCAAAAAGUGGGCGUCUCCUGUUAGCGGGUUAUGAUGACUUUAAUUGCAAUGUAUGGGACACACUAAAAGGAGACCGUGCAGGUGUGCUUGCUGGUCAUGACAACCGUGUCAGCUGUUUAGGUGUAACCGACGAUGGCAUGGCUGUGGCAACAGGCUCUUGGGACAGUUUUCUUAGAAUCUGGAAUUAAUAGUGUGGUCUUACCUAUUUUGUGUUCUCCACUGGUAUCUGGAGAAUUGAGUGCUACAGCCUAUAGCUGUGAAAAAAGAAAAUCCUACCUUAUAUUUGCAGGUAAAGAUUUUUCUAUUGAGACUAUUACACACAAAAAGCUUUCAGUGAAGUACAAAAACAGUGUGGGGGAUGGGAGGCAAAGGUGCCUGCUAAGAUCAAAAGGACCAGUGUGUUCAUUUGAGUUAAUUUAACCUUCAGGAAUCUUUGCUUGUAAUGAGUAUUUUGUGUAGAACAGAAUGUAUACAUUUUUGCAGCUUAUCAUUCAUUGUGUUUUCAUUUCUCAAGAACUACAUUUCUAACUCUGUAUAUACAAGGUGUCAUUUUUUGGUUUUGAAAUGAAAGAACCAUUCACGGUAGUAGAUGGAAUGUUCUGUAUGUAUGUACUUAAGUUUGAAGACCAUCUGCCUGAAUUGUAACAUUCCUUUAGAAAGAGAUCCUGGUUGUUGAAUGUUUGAGUGUCCACAGGCCAGGUACCUCUGCAGAGUACUGAGUUUCCUGCACUUCCCUUGCAAACUCCAUCUAAAGUAGUGCUCAUUUUCAGCCCCAUUGAGGGGACAGAUAAUCCGAAGGCCAGAGAAUUAAGAUUUCACUCUAAUAUUUUAGACACAUAAGAAAUUUCACUAGAAUGUACUAUGUGAAUAAAUAGUUAAUAGUAUAUAAGUAAUUCUUGUUUAGAAGGCUAGUUAUGAUCAGUUGUCAGUUUGAGCAGCCCUCUACAUAGCUGGAUUCCCUACUGAUUUCAUAUUUCAGAACUAAGUGUGUAGAGCAUACUUGUAUUUCAGAAGUUUAAUAAAUAUUUGGAGUUUCCUUGCAUCUGAAGAAUCUUUCCCAAUGUUCUUUACCAAUACACAUCUAGAUAGGAAAUAGAGUGUGACAGUGUUACAUUUUUUCAAAGAAGAGUAAAAACUCUAACCAAUUGCUGGUACGGAUUUCUUUUGUUAGUAAGGUGGGUUUCUGAAUUUUAUGUUUAUGUACUAUAAAAGCUGAAUUGAUUUAAAA